CUUUGUGGUUAUUUUGAAUUGUCACUUUGUCUUUAUUUAUGUUUACUUUUUAUUAACAAUUUUUUUAUUUUUGUUUAAAUUUUAACUUUUUCUUUAAUUGUUAAGUGUUGAUUUAACUCCAAAUUAACCAUGUCCGCUUCGUUGAAGGGUAAAGCGGCCAAAACCAAGGUGAAAAACAAGGCACCCGCAGAAAUACAAAUAACUGCGGAACAAUUGAUUAGAGAAGCCAAGGAAAGAGACUUGGAGAUUUUACCACCGCCACCGAAACAAAAAAUUUCUGACCCUGAAGAAUUAGCUGAAUAUCAAUUGAGAAAAAGGAAAACAUUUGAAGAUGGUAUUAGAAAGAAUCGACUCUCCAUUGCUAAUUGGAUUAAAUAUGCUGAUUGGGAACAUAGUCAGCAAGAGAUACAAAGAGCUCGAUCAGUUUAUGAAAGAGCUUUGGCCGUUGAUCCAAGAUGUAUCACCUUGUGGCUUCGUUAUGCCGAAAUGGAGAUGAAAAAUCGUCAAAUUAAUCAUGCUAGAAAUGUUUUCGAUCGAGCUGUUCACCUUCUUCCAAGAUGUAAUCAAUUCUGGUAUAAAUAUACCUACAUGGAGGAGCUUCUGGGCAAUAUUCCUGGUUGUAGGAUUGUUUUUGAACGGUGGAUGGCCUGGGAACCAGAGGAACAAGCCUAUCAAACUUAUAUCAAUUUUGAAGUGAGAUACAAGGAAUUAGAUUUAGCUAGACAAAUUUAUGCUCGAUUUAUAACCGUUCAUCCAGAGAUAAAAAAUUGGAUUCGAUUUGCUAAAUUUGAGGAGCGUAAUGGUGCCAUUAAUAAUGCUCGAGAUGUUUAUGAAAAGGCAAUUGAAUUUUUCGGUGAUGAAAAUAUGGAUGAAACUUUACUUUUAGCAUUCGCUAAAUUUGAGGAGAGACAAAAGGAACACGAAAGAGUUAAAGCAAUUUAUAAAUUUGCUCUGGAAAAGCUUUCACGAGAUGAAUCUCAAGAAUUGUUUAAACAAUAUACUCUUUAUGAGAAAAAGUAUGGAGAUCGAGAAGGAAUCGAAGAUGUUAUUUUGAGUAAACGUAAAUUUAAAUAUGAACAAGAUUUAAAAGAAAAUCCUCACAAUUAUGAUACCUGGUUUGAUUAUAUUCGAUUGGUGGAAGGAGAAGGUGACAUCGAGGCUAUUAGAAGAAUCUAUGAGAGAGCAGUGGCCAAUAUUCCGCCCAAGAAAGAGAAACGAUACUGGAGAAGAUACAUUUACCUGUGGAUUUAUUAUGCCAUUUUCGAGGAAUUGGUUGCUGAGGACUGUGAACGAGCUCGUCAAGUUUAUCGAUUUUGUUUACGACUUUUACCUCAUAAAAGUUUCACUUUUGCUAAAUUCUGGGUAAUGGCAGCUAAAUUUGAGAUACGACAGAAGAAACUUCAAGAUGCUCGUAAAUUACUUGGAACUGCACUUGGAUUAUGCCCAAAGAAUAAGCUUUUCCGUGAAUAUAUUGAACUUGAAAUUCAAUUGAGAGAAUUUGAUCGAUGUCGAAUGUUGUAUCAAAAGUUACUCGAAUUUUGUCCGGAAAAUUGUUCCUCAUGGUUACGAUUCGCUGAAUUGGAAUCCGUUCUUGGAGAAUAUGAAAGAGCUCGUAAAAUCUAUGAGAUAGCAAUUUCUCAAGAUAGAUUAGAUAUGCCUGAGGUUAUCUGGAAAUCGUAUAUCGACUUCGAGGUUGAACAAGAAGAAUUUGAAAAUGCUCGAAAUUUAUAUGAAAGGCUAUUAGAAAGGACGAAGCACGUUAAAGUUUGGAUAAGUUUCGCUAAAUUUGAACUGUUAGCUUCAGCUGAUGAUGAAGAAAUUAGUGAUGUAAAUAUUGCUCAGGCAAGAACCGUUUUUGAUAGAGCAAACAAAACAUUGACCAAUGGUGAAGAGAAAGAGGCUCGAUUAAUGUUACUCGAAGCUUGGCAAGAAUUUGAAAAUGAAUAUGGUAACGAAAGGACCAAACAACAAGUUGAUUCACUUAUGCCAAGGAAAACCAAAAAGAGACGGAAAAUCACCAACGAAGAUGGAUCGGACGGUGGAUGGGAAGAAUACGUCGAUUAUAUUUUCCCAGAUGAUCCAAGUGCAAGACCUCAUAUUAAACUUCUUGGUUUAGCCAAGAAAUGGCGUGAAAAGAUGCCCACCAGCUCAACCGAACCAGUACCAUCAACGUCAUCUGGAAACACGGAAACAGGGAUGACAUCAAUUGAACUUUCUAGUGGAAACAAUAAUGACGACGACGACGACGAUGAUGAUGAUGACGAUGAUGACGAUGUAGAAAGUGAUCGCGAAAAUGAUGGUGAUACACAUUAUGAUACACAAAAAGAUAGAGAUUAAUGUAAAUGUUAACGAUAAAGUCUUUUUGCAAAAAAAAAGAGAAAAGAAAACCUUUCCAUCAAAGGA